ACUAAACUUCAACUCGAACUCGCUUUCAGUUUCACAACACAAAUUCGACAUUGAGUUUCCAGAAGCUUUCUAUCCGCGAAAUACAGAAUAAUAGAAAUUGUUUUCAGUUUUCGUACGUAUACUCACGACUAGGCGAUAAAAUCUGGGCAUUUUUUUUUCAUCGACUGAUGUCAAAGUUCGCAAUCGUAGCAUUGAUGAUGGGUUGUUGAUUCAUCUAUAUCAAAUCGUUCGAUUAGAUUGUGAGUCACACAUAAUUUGUGAAAAGUGUUUUUUGUUGGGAGAAGAAAAAAACAAGCAAAUUGAAAGACAGACACGAAAAAGAAGAAGUGGAUCAACAAAGUAUUUUGUGUGCGAAGCGCAAGCUGUCAAAAAAAAGUAGUACGGUAUUGAGUCGCAGUAAAUAUUUCGACCGAAAUAAGGUGUUUUCACUUUGUGUGUGGUGAAGACAAAAUUCAAUUAUCAUUGCGUUUGUGAUUUGGUGAAAUGAGCAAGCACAUGUAUUCGACAGCAAAUUUAAGUGACGUUGAGCUGAAAGACCAGGGCAAUCGGUUAUUUUCAUCGCGAAAAUUUGACGAUGCAAUCAGCUGUUACAGCAAAGCAAUCAUAAAGAACCCAUCCAAUGCGACGUACUUCACUAAUCGAGCGCUAUGCUAUUUGAAGCUCAAGAAAUGGGAACAAUCAUGCCUGGAUUGUCGUCGUGCUUUAGAUAUGGAUCAGAAUUUGGUGAAAGGUCACUUCUUCUUAGGUCAAAGCUUGUUAGAAUUAGAAUACUACGAUGAAGCAAUCAAACAUUUACAAAGAGCCUGUGAUUUGGCGAAGGAGCAAAAGCGAAACUUUGGCGAUGAUAUUGCAUUGCAGUUGCGUUCUGCACGAAAAAAACGUUGGAAUGUUCAGGAAGAGCGUCGAAUAUGCCAAGAAAUCCAGCUGCAAUCAUAUUUAAACAAAUUGAUUCAGGAAGAUAUGGAGAAUCGAUUGGCCAAGCUCAAAAACGAUGACACGAAGAACGAAGAGGCUAUCAAGGAGGAGUCCGUUGAAAUCGAACAAGAAUGCGAAAACAACAUGACUGAAUUGAACAAUGUAUUCGCAAAAAUCGAUGAUCGACGUCGAAAACGUGAAGUACCGGACUAUCUUUGUGGCAAAAUUAGUUUCGAAAUUCUAGCUGAUCCUGUAAUAACGCCAUCAGGCAUCACAUACGAACGAAAGGAUAUUGAAGAGCAUCUACAACGUGUCGGUCAUUUUGAUCCGGUCACACGGGUUAAACUCACACAAGAUCAAUUGAUACCAAAUUUCUCGAUGAAAGAGGUUGUCGAUGCCUUCCUAACUGAAAACGAAUGGGCUCAUGAUUAUUGAAAAGAGAAUGCUACCACACUAUUUUUUUAAAGAGAAAAAAAGAAAAUUCAAUAUGAUAGAAUUUUUUUUGUAAUGACCGAGUGCUCUGUGAUGGCGAAGGUGUGAAAUGUAAUUGGUGUACAUAUGUACAUACUUUGGUUGUGGCUUCAAACAUCAUCAUAAUGGUUAUAAUACUUUUUUUCCGUUUCCAAUGUGUACUCUCUUUCUCGUUUUAUAAAUAGAAUUGUGUGCACUAGUUUAUCCAAUUCUCAAGCCUAAUAUUAAUGUUCCAGUUUAAACUCAACCAACAAAUUUAUUCUCAAUUUCUUUUAUCACAUUCGAUUCGAUAUGAAUGCGAUGAUUCUAGAAGUCGAUCACUAUUUUUCUGUUCUGGGCAACUCGGGCAUGCGAUUUGAGAAAAAAAUGGUUAAAAAGGUUUUACGACAAAUCAAUGUUAUUUAAAUACCUGAACUCUAAUGAUUACAAUUUAUUUACAUACAAAUAGAAAAGAUGAUAAAUGGAAUUUAAGUUUUUCAAUGAAUUUCGCUCCUUUGUUCACAACAAUUGAACCCACUUUGAUUUAUUGUAUUAAAAAUAAAUAAAUCAAGUAAAACGUGUAUCAA